AUGCAUCCAAAGGUAGAGCCGGGGAGAUAUAUCUCAAUUUGCAUUCAGAAGUCGUCGAUCUAGUUCACAUGUCCCUAUAAUAUAACUCCUGGCUUUUUAUCAUUUUAUAGCAAAAAUGACCCCGUUUCAAUCUCUUGUUUGUGUGCAUUUGUAAAAUCAUAUAAAAAAUGACAGCAAAAUUAGUUAAAAGAUGAACUGAUGAGGUCGGCUAAUUUUGCCUUAAGUUCGCAGCAGACUUUGCUAGUCACGGAUAGCUUCAAUCGCAAAACUCAGCCUUUUUGGCUCCUUUUAUAUUCACAGAAACGCCAAAUAAUUGACAUCGCGAUGGUUGUGCUGACCGGAAUUUUCAGUGUUGAAAUGACUAUGAAGGUAAAUCGUUCUCACUAAAUGAAUUGUUUUGAUUUCGCCAUUAGUAAUAAACUGCUCUGUUUGACCUCCACUACGGUAUACUGAAACUAAAACCAUGCACAAUAUUUUAAGCAGAGGAUGAUUCAGUAAGAUUUUAGAGCACUGAAAGGUUUCAUCUUUCUCAAGGUAGCUCAAGGUCCAGAUGACUUACUCAACAACCUACAUUAAUGCAUGUAUGCCUCUCUUAUUUUUUCAGUUUAACAUUUAUUGUGCACGAUUUCAUGCACCAGGCUCGAGCGCUUGCAGCUACAAAACAUCCUAUCCCAUUGUUUCUUGAAUGCUUCUUUCGACGCCUUUAUAUACACGAAUUACCCAUUUAUAUCAAUAGCAUAUAUUUUGGAUACUCGGCUUAAGUGGCCAAAAUAUGCGCCAUGAAUAAGUCUAAAAACUUUUUUAUAGUUGACUUUUUGAGCUUUGAAAGAAGUAUAAAGGGCUUAUAUGAAUAAAUUAACGUCACGAAUGACGCUUUCAGUAUUGCCACUCGCCAUCACAAAAUGAAGAAGACGAAAAUAAUGAGCUGAGAAAGAAGGAGACAAGCAUCAAAAAGCGUCCUUCCUCUACUUGAUUUGCACUAGAUAAAAUGAUCGCCUGGGUAAAAAUUUGAAAACAUAUCUUUGCAAGCAGAGCACCUUAUUAAUUCCAUUGAAAAAUGAGUUGUAAAGAUAUAGGAAAAAAGGUAGCCUAUAGAGCGCUCCAUACAGUGAUGGUAGAGAUUACCACUCACAGGUGAUCAUGACUGUUUAUUACAGAUUGUCGCUCAUGGUCUUGUUGUUGGUCCUGGAUCUUACUUGAAGGACGGAUGGAAUGUUCUGGAUGGGAGCCUUGUGUUGGUUUCUUGGAUUGACGUCAUCAUUACCUACAGCACUGCUUCUGCGCCUGAAGUGCUUGGAGCCUUGAAAGUCUUCCGGGCAUUGAGAACCCUUAGACCGUUGAGGUAGGUCUGCCAACCGACUCUUUUGUUUACAUAAAGCGUCAAUCAAUCAAUCAAUCCGCGGCAGGAUUAGCUCAGUCGGCAGAGCACGUGACUUUAGAGCGGGAGGUCGCGGGUUCGAUUCCCGGGGCCGGACCAUUUCUCAGGGUCUUAAAAUAAUUGAGAAAUGAAGGUACUACCUUUGCACUGUAAGAUGCUGGACCUUCGUGUGGCUCGAAUGAUUACGUAAAAUGGUGGUUCCGUCUCCAGUAGGAGAAGUAAAAUAUAGUGUCCCUAAUUAGUACUUUCGUGCUAACUACGUUGACACUGAAAUAAAGCGCAUCAAUCAAUCAAUCAAUCAAUCAAUCAAUCAAUCAAUCAAUCAGUCAAUUAACAACCAAUCAAUCGGUCACUCAGUCAGUUCAUCAAUCAAUAAGAACGUUAUUAACGUGUCAAACGCCUAGCACACCAUGAGUGGUGCACUAAUCGGACUCUGACACUUAGACUAAAACGCGUAAACCAAGUUUGAUUCGGAAAAACGCUAGUCUAUACGUUGUGUCAGAUCUUUAUGGAUUCAAAUCUUCUUCUUCGCUCUCCUUUAAAGUUAUGUUUUGAAUAAAAUUAGUUGGUGUCACAACUCCCUUGCAACCAUUAACAUAACCUUUAUCAAUGUAGGAUGAUUCGCCGUGCCCAAGGUUUAAAGUUGGUCGUUCAGACUUUGUUGUACUCGCUGAAGCUGAUUGGAAACACUGUUCUGAUAGCAGCUAUUUUCUUCGUUAUGUUUGCCAUACUUGGAGUACAGGUAAGUUCUUUCUUCUUUUAAUUUCCCCUACUUGUUGAUACCGGAUUAAACUCUAAUUUAACGUUUAGGGGGCAUUUUCUACAAAGUUCAACAGUAAUUUACUGCAACCAUUUUUCACAGAAAAGAACACCAUGUUUCUACUUGUAGGCUUUAAAUCUAUGUGCAAUGUGAAUACAACAACAACAACAACAAUAAGCUUUAUUUGCAUGACCAUAACAAAGUAUUACAGUAUUGCAAAAGCUACUUGAAAUUACUCAUUUAUUCCUUGUAAAUUAAAUUAAAUAUUUAAAAUAAUUUGAAACUUAUUAAUCAUUGUUUAUUUCUAACCAUCAGUAGGAUUAAUUAUUCCGGAGAUAAGUUUGUCUGUCAAUUCAAAGCAAGUUGAUAUAUAAAUGAAAUUAAUUGGAUGUUAAUAAAAUAGUCAGUAGAAUUCAUCAGAUGUGAUAAUAGGGACUCAUGUGAUUGUAGUCGUAGAAGCGGUAUUUUAGGUUCUAGUUUAGAGAAGAACAUAUCUCUUAUCGAAGAGAAUACAAUCGAACCUCCAAUGACGGUCACCUCUGUACAACUUCUUUUUAUCCAGCUGGACAGUCCAUACAUUGAAUCUUGUUUAAACCUUUUUACAACGGCAUAAAGCUAUGUGGAUGAUCUUUUUUGCUAUAUUGAAACUAUUUAUUUGUAUACAUUGUUGUCAUUGUUGUUGUUGUGUCCCCAGUUAGAGUCAGCUAAAUACAUCGACACAUGAAUAAAGUUCAUCAUCAUCAUACCAUUUAUACAUUUUUGUUAGUCUUAAACCCCCUUAAAACAGUUUAGAAUUAAUGAAAAAGACCUCUCUAUGACGAACAUUAUUGAGCACUUUAGUGACUUUUUUUGAGGACUAACUAGCAUUUUAGUGGGAAAAAUGGAGCCUUAAGGUGGAGCAUUUUAGUGGAAAAACAACAGCACAAUGUACAAAGGCCUAGACGGAGAGCAUAUUCCGCCUUGUUGCAGUCAUACAGAUACUUAUGCACUUAAAUGUUUGGGACAGGGACAGGGCAUCAAAUUUCGUAUGUGGUUACAGCCAUAUUCUUAAAGAUUUCAGACAAAAUACCCUUUCACUGCCUCCCUAAACUAAGUCGUGAGAUAAAUAUAUUCGAGAACAAUAAACUUUAACAGCUGUCUAAGUAUGAUGGUCCUCUUGCUAUGCUACCGAGUGUCAGUAACGUACCGUUACUUCAUAAUACCAAACAAAGCCUAUCUUGAGUUCGCGAUCUUUUACGCCCCAUGAGGAUAGAACAGUGUUAGCCAAAUCAGAAUAUACUGAGGAUAAUUUGCCUUUUGUUGACAUUAAAUUGUAACUGGUUCAACCUUUCAGAUUUUCAAGGGCACCUUUCAUUUUAGUGAAGGAAACAGCCGCGUUAAAAACAAGAAAGAAUGUUUGGAGAGUAGUAAAGGUCACUGGGAAAACCAUAUGUAG